CCUAGUUGGAACGUCAUCACAGUGACGUAAAAUAGGCGGAGAUUCAGAGGAGCAUCGACUAGAAUGCAAUGUACAGCAUUCAAAGAGUCAACUGUGCUGUCCGACAAUCAAUGCACAAAAUGGGACAUUCUUUCCCCAAAACCCAAUGUCGGCAAUCAGAGGAUUUAAUGCGCGUCAUCUAUAAAAUGCAUUUUUCUGCACACCCAUUUUUACUGUGAUACGGACACGAGAGCUUGAAAAGGGAUGAAUCCUCUUUCUUCCCGUGGAUGCGCUCUAAUCGUGUCCAAUGGAUCUCCCCGGCAUCAGCAAUACGACCACGGAAGAUAUGUCGGGUUCGGGCUUCAUUUUAGAGAUGAUCACCAUCAAACCGGUUUUAAACACCCUGAGCACCCAGUUCAGCAACCAGACAGCUGGGCUGGAGGUGCAACGCAACACCCCGGUGAGGAGCUCGGAGGGGAACUCGGUGCUCCAGGGCAUCGCAGUGGCUGCGCAGGCAUUGCUGCUCUUAGCCAUAUUUUUACUGUCAAGCUUGGGUAACUCAGCAGUCGUGGUGGUCAUAAUCAAACACAGACAGUUGAGAACAGUAACCAAUGCGUUCAUAAUGUCCCUCUCCCUUUCUGAUUUCCUGACGGCGGUCCUUUGUCUCCCCUUCUCCUUCAUGAUGCUCUUCAGCAAAGAUGGCAAGUGGAUGUUCGGCGAGCGCUUCUGCGUCGCCAACGGGUUUUUCAACACGUGUUUCGGCAUCAUUUCCACUUUGACCAUGACUCUCAUCUCCUUUGACAGAUACUACGCCAUCGUCAGGCAACCACAAGCCAAAAUCGGCAAGAGCAGAGCGAUUCAGCUCCUGGUGGCGGUUUGGGUAUCAGCCAUGGCCUUCUCGUUUCCCUGGUACCUGGUGCGCGCCUCUAAACACCUGGUGGUACACAAACAGGGCUUUUACCAUUGCAUGUACGUGUUCCACUCUGGCACCUCCAGGAUGGGGACCACCUACAGCAUGGCUUUAAUCGUGACCUGUUAUCUACUUCCGUUCGCUCUCAUGUGCUUCUGCCACUAUAACAUCUGUAAAACCGUCCGGCUGUCAGAGAUCAGGGUGCGGCCGGUGACCACGUACGCGCACCUGUUGCGCUUCUACAGCGAGAUGCGCACGGCCACCACGGUGCUUAUCAUGAUCGUGUUCAUCAUCUUCUGCUGGGGACCCUACUGUCUGAUGGGGAUCAUCACCGCUUUGGGAAACUACACUUUUAAUCCUGCCAUGGACACGGUGGCCAUCUGGAUGGCUUGGGCUAACGGUGCCAUCAACCCUUUGAUUUACGCCAUAAGGAACCCGAAUAUAUCCAUGCUGUUGGGCCGGAGCAGGGAAGAGGGAUAUAGGACUAGAAACAUCGCUGCGUAUCUGUCCACGCAGGCGCAGCGCAGGGAAGCGGUCCGGACGCGCGCGGACCGCAUCCGGGACCGGUACGUGAGCAGGCACGGGGCGAACAGCCGCCUGUCUUCCUCCAGCCCCGCCAACGGAGGUGAGGUGGCGAUGUGGGCCUGUAAAAACCCGGCAGUGUUUUUCUGUAGGGAUGCCCACCCUGAUACCAUCACCGAACCCUCGGUGCCCAAAGUUGAAACCGCUGACACCAGCUUGUAAUCGUGUUGUUGACACUUUAUAAAGACUUUCAUUUGAUACAGGGUUUCAAAAAAAGUAUUCAUCAAAGUCUCAUACUGUAAUUCUAGAUAUGAAUGUGCAUCAACAUUACAUAAUGUCUAAGAGAUCACUCUAUAUCUAUAUAUUUGAAUGUAUAUUAUGAUGUGUUACUGUAAUGUUUCUUAAAGCAGCAUCACUUUUGGUUUGACACCAAAAUCUCAAACGUACAUUACAGUCUAAUGUAUUAGCAUAUAAUGCACAUGCUUUACAACACUGUGAAAACACUGAGGAGUUUACAGAUGCCUUUCCCAUAAACCAAAAAAUAACAAUUAUACAAUUAUACUAAAUUAUUUAUCAAACUAACAAUGGAACUAAUAGAAAAGUUACAUAAAAACAGGGUCAAAACUUUAUUAAUUCAGUAUUUCAUUGUGAUUUUUUUUGUCGCUUGCUUCCAAAUUUGCAUUCUUCUUAACACUUCAGGUAAAUGUAGCAUCCAGAGCAUAACAAUAAUAAAACUUAACCCCAUAAUCACUUCCUUCAAACAUUUUAUACAUGACAGAAAAGCAAACAGGCAUCAUAUUAAUCAAUUUAUGAGAGACCACGUGUCAGGCAGACAGGUUAUCAUUAUAUUUCUAUAAAAUAAAUGUAAAAAUAUUUUUAAAAGAUUAGCCUAAAUCUUUUCUCAAGAUAUUUUGGAAGACAAGGAUGAAGCCUGUAAAUACAAAAGUGUAACCAAUGCCUUAAUUGUUGGAUUGUAGCAGAACUAUAUGGACUUAAUUAAUAUCAAACGUUCAAUGUUUGAAACGAUUUCUAUAUCAAUUUCUUACAGGUUCUCACUUUGGGAUGUAUUUAUAAAGUGAAUGUAGCCACAGACUACUUAUUAGCCACUUAUAAGGAUUGUUUUUACCAGGAAGAAUUGUCUGGAUGUUAAUGAAAAGACCAAUUUUAGCCAUACAGAGGGGUAUAUUGUGUUUAGUGGUCGACUGAUAUGCUUUUUUGGCCGAUACCAAUAUUAAAGGGACGCUUCACAUAAAAAAAAAAUAUGCUCAUUUUCCAGCUCCCCUAGAGAUUUUUACAGUUUUGGAAUCCAUUCAGCUGAUCUCCGGGUCUGGCGCUACCACUUUUAGCAUAGCUUAGCACAAUUCAUUGAAUCUGAUUAGACCAUUAUAAGUAGUUUUGAUAUUUUUCCUAUUUAAAACUUGACUCUUAUGUAGUUACAUCGUGUACAAAGACCAACGGAAAAUUAAAAGUUGUGAUUUUCUAGGUCGAUAUGGCUAGGAACUAUACUCUUUUUCUGGCAUAAUAAUCAAGGACUUUGCUGCCGUAACAUGGCUGCAGAAAGCAAUGAUAUUACGCAGCGCCUGAAAAUAGUUCCCUUGGUAACUUCCAGUAGCCGGGGACUAUUUUUAGCCACUGCAUAAUAUCAUUGCGCCUAAUUUUUUGUCGGUUUUAGUAACUACAGAAGUGUCAAGUUUUAAAUAGGAAAAAUAUUAUUUUUGAGCACAAUGCUAAUGGUCUAAUCAGAUUCAAUGGAUUAUGCUAAGCUAUGCUAAAAGUGGUACCGGGAGACCCAGAGAUCGGCUGAAUGGGUUCCAAAACGGUAAAAAUCAAACGUUUAACUUUAGGGGAGCUGGAAAAUGAGCAUAUUUUCAAAAAAAAUUGGAGUGUCCCGUAUGGCCGAUAUGAGGCCAAUAUAACAAAUAAGAGAAAAACACAAAAUUGGUAAAACUACAUAAACAUUUGUUAUGCUUAACAUUUAUAAAUAUACCCAUUUAAAGUACUUAAAACACAUUUACAUAUUUAAUAAUUUACAAAAUAAGACAAUUCAUGUGGAUCUGACAUCUCACGGUACUGUUUGAAAUAUUGGCCGAUAGAUCAGUUUCUGCAAUAUAUCGCUCUAUGACUAAUUGUGUUGAUAAUAUAUGGACUAGACCCUGUUUUACAGUACAUUAUGCCCCUAUUGAUUUUAGAGAGAGAGAUCCAAUUAAAUCUCAACUUUUAUUCCUGUUUAAACAAGCUUAUCUUGCUACUUUCAUAAGAGUAAAAGACAGACACCAUUUCUGAGUACACACUAAUAUUAAUACAUCUUACUCUUAUUCAUUUUUGGUGAAUGAAAGACAUUUCAGAUUCGGUACAUGAUGUUAUGAAAUAAGCAACAAAUGGAUUUCAAAAA